AUGCCAUCUUCAAGUUGGAUUUGUACCAAUAACUCAAAGAACGUGCUUCUCCGGAUUGUCCAUCCCGGCGGUCGUGUUGAGCUUCAUGACAGACCUGUAACUGCAGCUGAGAUUAUGUGCCGCAACCCAAGAUGCUACGUUGCGCAUCCGUUUGUGUUUCAGCAACCAUGGGCAGUUGUUGAACCAGACACAGUGCUCAUGCUUGGACAAAAGUACUACGUAGUGCCGAUAAGUACUAUAAGAAAGCUUCAAGGCCUUUCUCCAAGGAACUCUCCUUCUCCUGCUCGCAAAAUUACAAUCGGUACUUUGUUCGAUGAAUCUAAAAGCACACAAUCCUACACAGCGAAUGAAGAUGACAGUAUGAUUUCUGGUUGUUGUAUCUUCAAGAAAAAGAGUGUUACAAAGAAAUCUAAUCAUCAGAAGCAACAUUCAACGAAUGCGAGCAAGAUAUCAGAAACAAAAUCAGACGUUAUAAAUCAAAGAACAGAUGUAAAUGAGAAUAACGGUGGUUCAUCGUAUGAUAACUUCAUUGCGCGCCUAUUAAAUGGAGGAGUAACUAAAGCGAAAGCCAGUGAUGCGACAAAGGAAACAAGAACAUCGCCGAGCAGCACUAACCUUCAUGCUAACAAUACACUAAACAGGAAGAGGAAGACCGAUUUAGCAGGAAAAAGAGGCUCGCCUAAGAGAGCAUGGUCUUCUGAUUAUUGGCAACCGAGUCUAGAUAGCAUAACCGAAGAAUGA